UCGAUUUUAUCGGAAAACGCUUCUUUCGCACAGCAGGGGCGGAUUCCAACGCCAGAGGAAAGCGAAACUGUAACGUUGGCUUUAAAAAAAAAAAAAAAAAAUGUCGCUCUCCUUCGGAUCGUUCGUCUGCCUCUUGGUGUAUCUGCCGUUUACACAGGAAGCUUUGACCGUUACAAUCCCCGAAGGAACAAUUCAAGCCAAACCAGGUUCUGAUGUCUCCCUGCCUUGUAAUUUUGAGGAGUCUUCUGGGCAUAUAGAUCCCAAACGCCUGGCUGUGAUAUGGCGUGUGGGCACCAGAAUUAUUGCUAAGUAUGAAGAUAAAUUAGAAAUCUUUCACAAGGGGGCAAAGAUGUCUCCUGAAGACCUGCUACGGGGCAAUGCCAGCCUCCUGCUUCCAAAUGUGCAGGGUGCAGAUAGCAACACUUAUGUUUGCGUUGUUAUCCACAGCCCUGACCGUGAACAACAGUCAGUAGAAUUGAAAGUGGAAGCUCCCCCACUUGUUAAACUUGGCUCCACAAAAGUGCAGUUGACCAAGCCAAGUACGCUUGUGUGUAUGGCAGCAGGUUUUUAUCCUGGCAAUAUAUCCAUGACGUGGUUCCGAAAUAAUAGGAUUGUGCAAGGCCCCGAACAGCCUCCUGCUCAACCCAGCACUGGCCAGUUGUUCAGAGCAGAAAGUAUCUUGGAGCUCAUACCAGAAUUUUCGGAUGCCAAUGCCAACUUCUCUUGCCAUAUCCACCAUCAAGCAAAUGAAGGGCCAGAGGUACUAAAUUUCCAGCUGCAGUUGCAAGCUCGCCCCAUCCUUCAGCUGAUCACAAGGCCAAAGGGGGAGAAAUUUGUGGCAGCUGAGUGCAAAGUGAGCAAAUUUUAUCCCUCUCAAAUCCACAUUCAGUGGUUGCAAAACGGAGUGCCACAAGAAUAUGUAAAGUCGGAGGUGCACCGCAUGCAUAAUGGGAUGUUUUCCAUCAACAGUGUCUUAUUCCCACAGACGAGUGAUGUUCAGCUCACUUAUGUUUGUCGAGUAGAACAUGAAGCUUUGGAGACCCCAUUGGAACAGUCUGUCCUUUGGAAGCCAGAAGGUGAGGGAGAUGCGAUUAUUCGUCCCAGUCUCCCAAGUACCCAAAGUACUAGGAAUACAUUUUUUCUCUCACCUUCUCGGCUCACAGUUACCCCUAUAACUCCAUCAAUUUCAGUGAGUCGUUGGAUGUCGGGAUUGGCUAUUGGAUUUGGAUUUGGAUUUGGAUUUGGAUCAGCACUAGGAGCUGGAAUAAUGUACUAUAAAUAUAAAGUCAAGAAGAAUUCAGUUACAGGAACAUCCAAUGAAAAAAAGGCUCUUCAAAAGAUAGAUGAAGAGAAGGUUCAGAACAGCCUACACUUGUUGCAAAAUUCUCUGAAGCUUCCUGAUCAAGUUGAAGAGCUUUGUAGUGAGCCCCUGGUUCUUAGCUCAUCAGAAGAGGAGAAAGAGAAAGAGAAAGAGCAAACUCUUAUAAAAUGUCAAGAUCUUUCAUUUUCACCUUCACCUCCUCCAUUGCAACAAAAGAACCAUCAUGUGAAAGCCCACAGAAUCUUCGAUCAGAGUCUCAGAAAUUUGACCACCUCCCUCUCAGCUGCCAAGAAGAGCUUGCAAGAGCAAGGGUCAGAAUCGGAUGAGGAUGACGUGAUUUUGGUUGAUGUAUUUGAGCCCCAGGAGCUGAUGUUGAAAGUGCGAUGCCGAGCUGAUCUUUACAGAGUCUGCAUUCAAAUGACACAGCCUCUUCAGCGAGUGGUUGAGCACAUGUCACAGAUACUGAAUGUUCAUCCAAACAGAAUCCUCCUCCUCCAUCGAGAUUGUGAACUUGCGACUGAUGCUACUCCUGCUAAGUUGGACCUUGGUGUUGCUGACAUCAUUGAUUGUAUAGUGGAGACCAGUAGCCAACGGGCUGAUGAUUCUGGAACCCUGUUGCUUCGAGUACAAGGAAAAGACAAAAGUUCUGUGAUGGAGAUUACAAUCCAGAAGGGGGAGCCCUUAGAAGUCCUUAUGAAUCAAUACAGACAAGCUCAAGGUCUAGACAGAUGCAAACUCGUCUUCUAUUUUGAUGGGCAGCGUUUGGCAGAAACCCUGACCCCUGAACAACUGGGGAUGGAAUCUGGUGAUGUUAUUGAAGUGUGGAAGUAGCAUCCUUGCAUCUCCAAAGAAUCCAUGUCUAGACUUGAUUGUUUUUGGUUUUGCUACCAAUCCACUCUGAAUGACUUACCUGCACCCUAGUUUUCCUGAUUUAAUUUUCACUGUGCCUGAUAUCACAGUGGGAAGUGGCAGUUUAAUUUGUGGAGCAAGUAAACAUAGGAUAAUUUCACUUUGUUCUUUUAUCUCCUGUAUGCAAAAUUUGGAAUAUGUAAUGAAAUUAAAUUUUGUUAAUGGUCCUGUUGCUUGCAGACCAACUUUGUAGGGGAAUAAUGAUGGAUAUUAAGAGAACACUAUGUUCUUAAUAACUCUACUUCAAUAAAUAAUAAUAACACCAUCAAACAACAA